AGUAUUGAAACAUUAUUAAGAAAUCAGGUUUCAACAUCGAUUGGGCCAAUCGGUAACUCACAAUUAGUUCUUGUCCAAGAAUCAACGGAACUAGCUGAAAACGGUGCUACUAAAGUAAUCAAGUAUCUUGUACAUGAAACACCAACUACUACUGUUAUAUUCACCCCCACCACUAUUCCGAGGUCGUAGAACUUCUUAUUCACACAUAUUACCAAGUACUGUUUAUAAUGUCGAAGCAGUCACACAAACGGUAGCACCUGAAAUAAAUUCAAAUGUACCUUUAGCUAAUUUGUUGUUAUCUCAGUUACUUCUUGGCAAUCAACAGCCUGCGAUUAAUCCACUUCUAGCAUUACAGGGACAGGGCUUAUUACCGCAGCAAGCACAAACCCCUGUAACCGAAUUUAAGACUAGAACUACAACGUACGUCACUACAGUUACUGAUGCUAGAGAAACUGUGCUUCCUAUUACAUUUAGAGGCAAAGCUAUUUUAACUACUAUAGUUGAUCCUACUACCAGUGUUGUAACUGCCACUGAAUUUGUUACGGAUACAAUCGUUACUACACCAACCGUUUUAGGUCAAGCUCCUCAAAUUAAUUCACUUCUUCUUCCUUUACUUCUUCAGCAGCAACAACAACAGCCACAACAAGCUCUGUCGUUGCAAACUCCAAAUCCUCUAUUAGGACUCACACCUGAUUUAUUACAAAAUAAUAACAAUAUUUUACAAAACAAUUUAAAUAAUGAUAUUUACAGUAAUAGCCCAAAACCUAAUAUUUUGUCCGAUUUUAACAGUAACGAAGGUUUCUCCGAUGAAAUGCCCGUAGACAACGAAGAAGAUGCUUUGCCUCCUCCUCCUCCAGAGAGGCCUUCUCGAAGAAGUAGACCUAAAACUCCAAAACCAGCACCAGCACCUCCAAAACUGACUAGUGUAGUAACUCUGUACGUAUCUGGUAGAUAUCCUGGGGAGUUUAGCACUGUAUUAUCGACAGUAGUGUCAGACGACACACAAACUGUUCGAAAACGCGAAGCUAUUUACUAUGAAGAUGUUAAACUUCUGUCAUCUUUAUUGCCGUCAAUAGACGAACUGUCUAGUUCACAGUCUGAUAUAGAAAACGGUGUUUUAGCCGAGACAGAAAAAUAUCUGGACAAAUCAGUGGAAAACCAAAUAGAAACGCAAAGCUUGGAAAGUAUUGUAGGUGAAUUAAGCAAACAUAUAAAAUAUGAUGCAUCACCGACCUACGUUGUACAAAUAGCGAGUCCACCUUCCCUUAGACAUAAUAUACAACAGAGUACGCUUGACGACGUCUCGUGAAACAACAAACAAAAUGGUUAGGUGUAUAAAGUAAUGGUUUAGUUAUUUAUUUACCAUUGUAUCAUAGUAGUUAACUAUGAAUAGUGCCUUAUAGAUGUAAUAAUUGUAGUUUGUAAGAACGGAAUACUCUUUUGUACUCUAUAAGUUUUACCUAUUAACCUUGACUUGUGGUCACCAAAAAUGUCUGUCCUAUACGUUACCAAGUCUAAUGUAUUAGGUACUGCGAUGUUAUAGGUAACUGUACUCACUGCCUAAGAAUAAGUCUAGUUAAUUGAUAUAAUUGUAAUUAUAUUUCAUAAUACUCGUUCUUCCUUCGCUUGCAACUGUAAAUUGCGAAUACGACUUAAAAUGUUAAAAUAAUAAAUAAAUUUGUAAAUUG